AUGCCGUCUCAUCAGCCAAUCGCUCAAAAUGACUCCAUUCAAGCAUACGUUUACGUAUUGCCCCCUCAUAAAGUCAACUUUCCAGGGCAAUUUGACACAGAAUCCUUCGAAUUCUCUCCCACUGCAUUCACCCUGAUCACCACACAAGACGGAGCAGUGCUGGUCGAUGCACCAACCACAGAUCGUGAAGGAGAAGAAGUCGCACAAUGGGUCAAGUCGAUUAUUUCAGACAAGAAGCUCGUCUAUAUUUACGUCACCCACGGCCACGGCGAUCAUUUCUUCGCUGCGGGAGUAAUCCAGAAAUAUUAUCCCGAAGCCCGCAUUCUAGCGACGCCGCAAACACAUGUUCAAAUGCAAGAGAAUCUUGACAAGAAGCUAUAUGAGGGUCUGUGGGCUUCUACAACUCCGGAGUUGAGAAAUACAUCUCCUCCGGAAGUACAAGUGGACAUACUAAAAGACGACAACACCUUCGUUGUUGGAGGCCACCAAUUUCACGUCUUGAGCCUCCCUGGAGGCGAUAUUGGCGAAUCCACGGUACUUCAUGUACCUGAUCUUGAUCUUGUUGUAGCAGGAGACGUCGUCUAUGGACAUUGUUAUCAAUUCCUUGGCCAGGCCCAAACUCCGGAGCUACGAAACAAGUGGCUACAGUCUAUCGAUCAAGUAGCCCAGCUGAAGCCAAAAGUCGUGGUACCAUCUCACAUGCAAUCCCACGAAGACUUCGGGACUUAUCAUUUGGAAGAAACGAAAGAAUACAUUAAAGCUUGGGAAGAGCUUGAUGCUACAACCAACACUUGGCAGGAACUGGAAGAGGCUACUAAACGGAGGUACCCAGGCAGGAUUGGCAGUUUCAUUAUCCGAUUCUCUUCUCUUGUUGCAAAGGGAGUUAUGCAGGUUUAG